AUGAAAUUGAACAUUGCCGCCAUCCUACUCGCAGCCCACGCAUGCCAUGUACUAGCAGCGACUACGUCCAACCCGGCCGCAGCCGAAGAGUGUGGCGACCUUGGAAUCAUGGAAUAUGAUGAAGUCAAUCUGCCUCAGGGCAUGACGCCUUCGGAUGUACGCAAAUGUGCGAAACAUCCUCUUGGUGACACGCGUAUCAUCGUAGAGGGUUCUCUAGCUCCCGGAGGCGUUCCUCAGGAAAAUUCCAUCAUUAUCCAGCCUAGACGCUGUUCUUGGGACGCCCCAUACGGUUGCGCCCAUAGCUAUUGCUGGAAGGCGUGCGGUCAACUCGGCGAGUGGUGCUGGAUGGCAGAAGGUGACGGGACUGGCCCAUGGGUCCAGUGUGACACCUAUAAGGAUUACUCGAUAUUAUCCCGUUAUGGAAAAGGGUGUGGUAAGAAUUAUGGCUGCGGUUGUUAA